AUGUGUUUCAUGAAGCCCUUGCCCGAGCGUGAGGAUGUCUCGGUUGUGGAUGAUACCCCUUGUGAGAGGACAGCCGAGGUGAUGGGUGCCGCUCCAGUGGUGUGGGUGUCGGGGGGUGCGGACCCACCCCCACCGUCGGCUUCCUCGCCUCCGACGGCCCCGCUGGCUCCUUCGUCUCCGCCGGCCCCGUCUCCAGCCCAUGCGUCGCCUGAAGGGUGUGGGCCUGUACCCCCUGUGGAUGAGGCUGAUGUUUUUCCGGAUCGUGUGUUGCCAGGUGACUUGCGGCCGGCCGUGGGCUCUACUGGGAUGCCUCCUGCUGGGGCUGACAGUUCGGAUGAUCAGAGGCCUCUGUCCAAGCGUUCCUGGAGGGCUAGGAGUGUGUCGCCCCCUCGUGGGUGGGUUGCAGAGUGUGAAGUUGUGUGA